AUGGUCACGUGCUCGAAGCUGCUGGACCGCAAAAACAGGUUUGGGAGCAGAAUAUAUCAGGAGUUUGUUACCGGUGUAAGCGUACUUGAUUUCACACAAAGAGCUGACGCUGAAUCUCCUCACGCUGCUAAUGAUCAGCCAAUGAACAUGCUUGGUGUGAUACAGUCGCAAAAAACCGCAGAGCUCCUUCUUGAUUUAAGGGUCGAUUCAAUAGUUUGUAGCUCUAAAGCAGCCUCCAUUGAGACUGCUGGAGUAAUAUCCCAGGAUGUUUAG